AGUUUAACCAACCGGAGUGUUGAAUAUGGGAUUUGAAUGAGUAAUUGCUGCGAGAUACGAGACAAGGAAAGACUCAUGAGGUUGCUGGGAGAACUGCAACAAAACUAUACAUGGCUUGACAGUGUAUUCAAGGGUGAGGAUUUGCAGUUGGUAAAUUUAAACCAAACAUCUCACCAAGAUUUGAAAAAUUACUCAAUUUAUUGUAACCGGAAUAUCAUUGGAUUUUGACCAUGGAAGAAGAAAACACCUCUCAGAGUGGGAAGAAACCGCACACGUUUUAUGUGUGUGGUUGCAGCUUCAGCCAAUCAUCUGGCCUGUCUAAACACAAGCGCAGUCGUGACAGGGAGAAGCGGUGUAAAUGUGGGGACUGUGGGAAGGCAUUUAAUUUCCCCUGUGAGCUGGAAACUCAUCAGUGCCGUCACACUGGGGAGAGGCUGUUCCUGUGCUCCGUGUGUGAGAAGGACUUCACUCGGUCAGCGCACUUGCUGCAACACCAGCGAGUUUGCACUGGGGAGAGGCCGCUCACUUGCUCUGUUUGUGAGAAGGACUUUACUAAUUUGUCCAACCUGCUGAGACACAAGCAGGUUCAUACUUCUGAGAGAUCUUUUAAUGUGCAGACAGUCGGAAGUACGACAAAAGUUCCGGGGAACUGACACACCAUUGAAGUGGUCAUACAGAUGAGAGACCAUUCAAGUGUUCUCACUGUGAGACGAGGUUCAAACAUUCUUCCGAACUCACUCUACAUCAAUGCAUGCAUACUGUAGAGAAGCCGUUCACAUGUUUCAUGUGUCAGAAGAAGUUCACUCAAUCAUCUCAUCUUCAGUCACACCAGCAAGUUCACACUGGGGACAGAUCAUAUGCCUGCUCCGAGUGUGAGAAGAAAUUUGCUAAUUCAUCCCAUCUGGUGAGACAUCAGCGAUAUCACAAGUAGUUCUGGUGUUGGGAUUGUCUUGCUCAUCACAUCCAGAACUGAUCCAUGUAUAUCAGGCUCUGAUUCUGUUGAUAUUAAUAAAGUCCAACCAAGUUAAAGGUGUUAGUACUCUGGGUGUCAAAUAAAUCAGGUAUGUGUCAAUUA